AUGACUGAGGCUUUUGGGAAUUACCGGUCAAAUGAGGGACAUUUCGGUACCACCACCGUAAAAUGUCGAAGAUGUACGCUGCAAGACUACCUUGAUAUGUGGACAAUGACGGCCCGCGCCAAAACCGGAUGCCACAGGCUUUGGGCAAUGAGCGGCACUUUGAGAGGUUGCUGCGACGAGUCUACAGAUGAUAUUAUUUUGGCCAAAACAAGAGAACCAGAUCUUGAGCGGCGACAAAAGGAACAUCGCGACUUUUUAGACGCGUUGUGGACCAAAAAACCGUUGGAAUAUGCCAAUCCAGACUGGAAGGGAAGACUCUCUUCGACUGUGACUUAUUAUAUCCAGGUACCUGUCACAAACUCAGAGACAGAGGUAGAUACAGACUCGGACUCAUAUUCGUGGCUCAGCUCAGAGUAA